GUUGUAGUUAUUAGGUUUAUGUUAUUGAAAUUGGAAUUAAAAUGGUUGAUCCGAUAUUUGAUUACCAGUUCAGGCUGAUUUUAAUCGGUGACAGUACGGUGGGAAAGAGUUCGUUGUUGAAAUACUUUACAGAUGGCAAAUUCGCCGAGCUAUCGGACCCCACAGUGGGUGUGGAUUUUUUUGCUAGAAUAAUAGAGGUGCAGGACGGUACGAGAAUUAAAUUACAGCUUUGGGACACAGCUGGACAAGAGAGAUUUCGAUCCAUAACAAAGUCGUACUAUAGGAACUCUGUUGGCGCGUUAUUGGUGUACGAUGUCUGUAACAGAUCGAGUUUUGAGCACAUACCGUUGUGGAUGAUGGAGGCCAAGAGACAUAUAGAGCCUCAUAGACCUGUGUUCGCAUUAGUUGGGUGCAAAGUAGACCUUGUGGAUAAGGACAAUAAGAAUGGCGCACGACGGGAAGUCUCGUGCGAGGAAGCGCGAAUGUUCGCCGAAGAAAAUGGCCUACACCAUGUUGAAACAUCAGCAAAAACAGGCAUGAACGUGGAAGAAGCAUUUGUUCUAGUCGCACAAGAAGUUUACAACCGUAUACAAACCGGAGAAUACAAAGUGGAAGACGGUUGGGACGGAAUAAAGACCGGAUUCAACCGGCCUAACGGUAUGGAUUUCAAUCUACUUGAAGCAGAAACAGUUCAGUCCACUUGCUGUUAGAUAAAUUAUAUUAUAUUGUGGGAUGAUUUUGAUGUUUAGAAUUGAGAAACAAUCAUUUUGGUGAGUACUAAACAUGGAAGGUUACUUUAAUUGCGUCCAUCAGUAACUUGCUAUUACCGCUUCUUUUCUUAUUGAUCUGGUACACUGGAAGAAAGAAAAAACUGGCACAAUUACUCCUUUGAACAAAUGUCGAACCACGCAUUGAGAGCAGUGAUCGCAGUAGGUAGAGCAGGGUUUUUUAAACUUUUUCUAGUCAUGGACCCUUCUCAAAAUUUUAUUAAUGCAUUAUGUUAGGUAGGCUCGCCUUAUACCACAUGUUAAGCCCUGAGGUAGAGUUAUUUCGAAUCAGAAACUACAAAUGGAUUUAAUCGGGAUAUGACUCUGAAAUUUUAGAAUUUUGCAUUAAUGACAGAGCAUUGCAAGUAAACAAGUGUUAAUAUUAAGAGACAAAAACACACUCGCAUAAUUGUUUGCCCUUCACUCGUUUACGUAAAUUACUAAGUAACUAAUAAAAUAUCUGUUCUUAAUCCCGGAAUACCGGAAAUAUAUAAUAUUUAAUUAAAAAUAACAUCCCUAUUACGACUACAAAUAGCACCACUUACUCCGAUCACUGGUCAUGAGUUAAUCAGUCUACUGUAUCAUCCCACUGCUGGGCGUGAGUCUCCUUAUAUUCCGUCCUCUCAGAGGCGAUAAUUAUUUAAUUAAACUUAGGGAGCUGUUUAAUCUGACGCCUUACUUCGAAAUAAGUACCAUUCGAUUCAUUAAAAGUGUUCUAGUUUUGAACGUCGAAAUUGUUACCGCGUUUAUAAAAAUGCGUUAGAUGUACAUAUUGACUCAUACAUAACACAACAUAGUUAUAUAACAACCUUUUUAAGUGUAAUUUUGUAAUUUGAAAUGUAGAUAAGGCAUUAACUUCUGCUAUACACAAAUAAGUGCAUAAUAGAAAAAAAAGAGUUACAUUUGAAAAUAAAUUGGCCAUAAUCUGUUAGGACUUAAAUAUUUUUUAAAUUCUAAAACUGUAUAAUAGUUAAUGGUAAAGGUUUUAUUAUUUCCAUAAUAUAAAGGUUAUUAAUAGAUCAGCUGUAGUCACGCAACAACAAAAUGUUAUCUAGCAUUUUAAAGUUAAAAAGAUACAGUUCUAAUAUGAAAUUGGGUUUUUUAAUGUAGUUUUAAACACCUGGAGGCCACUUCCAGUGUCAAUACACUCUAGUAUAUUCAGCAAACACGAGUGGAAAAAAUGUCUUUUAUAUUAAAAAUAAUUUCCAUGAAAUUUUUGUUUAGUAUUUUUUUUUAAGUCAAUGAAUGUUACAUAAAAAUAGGUACAAUAAAACUUUUAAAGCAAUUCUACAUUAUCCAAUAGCAAUUAAUUUUAAUUUUUUUAAAUUUAACUAACGAAAUUAUACCGCAAUAUGUCUUUUUGUUAGGCUUACUUGUUAAAAUUCUUAAUUUUUUUUUUAAUAUACAAAUUGUAUCCAAUAAUUAUUACUCCUGUGUAAAUAGUGUGUUUAUUUUUCACUUGACAUUUUUGUUUAAUCAUAUGGUUACUAUUUAAAAUGAUACUGUAACCCCUAAGACCCAGCAAACUACAAUGGGAAAAGCUCUAAACGUCUAACGUACACUGAAAUUUACUAAAUGUAAUUUAAUUACGUGCUUCAGGCCCCAUAAGUGUGUCCUUAGUUUUGUAUCAAAAACGUAUUUUUCUAUAUACCCUACGGUCGUAUAGAAUAUUUGUAUAGCGCUUUUGAAUGCGAUAUUUUUGUUAUUACGUACAUUGGGUGUUUACGUAAUCAUAGAAAUAAUAUUGUCUAGGUCUGAAGCACUUCUGUUUUGUACAUUUUGUUGUACACGGGGCCUUAGGAGGUUAUUUAUAUUAUUAUACUUUAUAAUUAUUUAUGUUACAAAAAUAUUACUGUAAAAAUGAAUAAAUUUAUAAUUUAUUCUUCACGAAAAUGUGAUAAAAUAUAUGGAAAUAUCAAUAUCUGAAAUAUUUCUUCGUUGUAGAACCAAAGAAUGUUAUUUUGUUUAAAAAAUCAACUUGAAUCCAUUGUUUUUGUUAAAUUACUAACACUUACUAACUGAUUUUUGAUUUGAACAUUAUAAACGUGACGUUAGAAUUGGGACAAAUCUCAUUUAACAGCGCGCACGCACUUCAAGAUCAAAAUAGACAAAUUAUUUAUCGACAAUCAAAUCAUACACUUAGAGUAGAUCUAUGGAUACUACCUCCUUCCGAAAUACCGGAAUUAUGAUGUCGUGAUUUGUUCUAUAUUUUUGAUAUGUGGCAAUUACUUUACUAUGGCAGCGUACUCAGAAGAAAAAUUUUGUAAUUGUAAAUAAAAAUGUAGCUUAUUUUGUUUUGAUUUUUUGCCUUUCAUUUUUAAACAUUCCGGUAUUUCAGAGUGAGGUGUUAUCGGUACUGAUAUAAUACCCGGGAAUAUUUCCAAACUAGAAAUUUAAUAUUUCCCAAAUGGGGAAUUACGGUUCAAAAUAGUUUGAGUGCUGUAUAUUGCAUCUUUGGUAGCA